AAUUCGGAUUUAAAAUGAUAAUGCUGAAAGCGGCGGUGUCCUUACUUUUAUCAGUAACUGGUGUUCUGGCGGACGUCAACGAAUACCGACUUGUGCGCGAUCUUCUCCGGAGUUACGACAAACGUAUACGUCCGUCUCUUAACGCUAGUCAAGCACUUAACGUUACGUUCGGCUUCUCACUCUCUCAAAUUAUCGACGUGGACGAGAAGAAUCAAAUAAUAACCACCAAUUGUUGGCUCAAUCAGAUGUGGAUUGACUACGGCCUACGAUGGAAGCCGGAGAAGUACGGCGGCCUUAAGGUGCUUCGUUUACCGCACGAUUCCGUAUGGAAACCAGAUGUCCUCCUUUAUAACAACGCGGACGUUUCUACAACACACUUUUCCUGGAUCAGUUCAAAUGUGAUAGUUACUGCAGACGGCAACAUAACGUGGUUGUCAAUGGUGAUAUUUAAAAGCUCGUGCGCUAUCAACGUACGGUAUUUCCCAUUCGAUGUCCAAAACUGUUCUAUGCAGUUUGCUUCUUGGACAUAUGACGGUUUUCAAAUCAAUCUACUGAUCACAACGAACGAAGGAGACCUAUCGAACUUCCAUCCUAACAGUGAAUGGGAUUUAUUGAAACUCGACGUAGAACGUAACGUCGUUUACUAUUCGUGCUGCGUGGAACCCUACCCCGAUAUAACUUUCUACAUCUACAUCAAGAGGCGGCCUCUAUUCUAUAUCUUUAAUAUGUUUCUACCCUGCAUCCUCAUCACCCUAGUGGCGCUUUUGGGGUUUUAUAUUCCUAGCGACAGCGGGGAAAAAGUGACCAUGGGAAUCACGACGCUUCUCUCAAUGACCGUCUUUAUGAUGCUUGUUGCGGAGAAUAUGCCACCAACUUCAAACGUACUGCCACUUAUUGGGAUAUAUUACGGCAUUACCAUAUUCAUUGUUUCUACUGCGACUGGGAUGACGGUUGUGACCCUCAAUAUACACCACAAGGGCAACAGCGGUCACGAGGUUCCUAGCGCAAUCAAGACUAUAUGCUUUGGUGUCUUCUCAAAGCUGUUUUGCAUGCCGCUAGAAAUACCACAGCACGCAAGGACACAGUUUGAAUCAACAACGGUUGUCAACAUCGUGGUUUGA